AUGAAUAACACCAACAUCAUCUCCAAUGAUGAUCACAUCGUUUCACUUCUCAAUUUUCUCAACAAAAUCAUCUCAGAAAUUGGUUUUGCUUUUGUUCUCUUUCUUGGAAAUAUUGGUUCGAUUCUUAUGUGUAUUAUUUUUACUCAACCAACUUACCGAAACACUCCAUGUGCAAUGUUUUUCUUUGCUGCUAGUCUUUCGCAGUUUUUUACUUAUAAUUUUGCUCUACUUACUCGUAUGUUGCACUAUGGAUAUGACAUUCGCACUCUCAAUUAUAAUCUUUGGUAUUGUAAAAUUCGCUUUUAUCUCUUUUAUAUUUUUGUGGCUGUUCCGCGUUAUUAUGUCAUCUUGGCAUCGAUUGAUCGUUAUUUUGCCAGUUCACGAAAUGCUCUACGACGUCGAUGGAGUUCACCAAAAACUACUCUUCGACUGAUUAUUGGUAACGCUCUCUUUUGGUCUAUAAUCUAUAUUCAAGUUCUUGUAUUUUAUGAAACAAGUACAGGUACUUGUAACUAUCGAUCAGGUGGUUAUGGAAUUUUCUUUAGUAUUUAUAUCGCAAUUGACAGUGGUAUUCUUCCCUUACUCUUGAUGUUGAUCUUCGGUUUAUUGACAGUGCGAAAUAUUCAUAAAACAAAGAUGAGGAUUGUCGGAGGCCAAAGGAGUAGAAUAUCUAAGAAAGAUCUUCAAUUACAUCGAAUGUUGGCUAAUCAAAUCAUCUUAUUUCUAAUUCUCAAUCUACCUAAUCCUUGUUUUCUUGUCUAUAGUUCAUUUGCUUUGAAUAUUUCAAAAUCAGCAAUUCAAAAUGCAGCAGAAACAUGGGUGAGUAACAUGACGUAUUUUCUAGUUUAUCUGGGAUUUUCUUUAACAUUUACGAAUUUCAUGAUUUCAUCGGAUUUAUUUCGAAAAGAAUUUUUCUAUUUAUUUCAAACAAAAAUACUCCGUCGUCGCAUCGUUAUGAAUAGAACUGAUGGUGGCCAAUCGAUAAUGUUGCAAACGGUUCAUCAACAUGACACUAAUGUUUAG